GUUGCCAACCGCGUCAGAAGAAGAAGAAGAAGAAGAAGAAGAAAAAGAAGAGGAAGAAGAAGAAGAAGAAGAAGAAGAAAAAGAAGAAGAAGAAGAUCAUCAGUAUUUCACAGUUAAGCUGCUGCACACAGUAACACCACAGCUGCGAUAAAGAAACACAGAAUGAUGCUUGAGGAAUAGAUCCUCCAGGCUGGAGUAAGGUAAGGUAGUACUGAUGGGUCCAAGGAGGAAGGCCUCUAAACUCCAGCCUGUUGGGGGCAGCGGUGGAGGGGAACUGGUCCACUGUCCCAGUGAGCCCAAGGACUACAUCAACGAGCUGUCCCAUGAAGUCCUCUGUCACAUAUUUAGAUACCUUCCCAUGAAGGACAUCAUGUGUAUGGAAAGUCUGUCCAGAAAGCUUCGAGAAGCUGUGACGUUGUACCUGCGAGUAGUAAAAGUAGUGGAUCUUUGUGCUGGUCAUUGGUGGGAGUAUAUGCCUUCAGGCUUUACAGACGGCAGCUUUCUUCUUCUUUUAAAGAAGAUACCAGAUUUGGAACAGCUAUAUGGCCUACACCCUCGAUACCUGGAGAAGAGAAGAGUUCGAGGCUAUGAGGCUUUCAGUAUACCAGGAGUCCUGGAGGCACUACAAGCUUGUCCCAAUCUGCUGGGCGUGGAGACAUCCCACCUGGAACUCGUGGAAGCCAUAUGGAACUAUAUGCCCCAAGUUCACAUAUUGGGAAAGUUCCGCAACCGCAACGGGGCUUUUCCGAUUCCUGCUGAGAACAAAUUGACCAUCCCCAUAACUGCAAAGAUUCAGACUCUACAUCUAGUGGGUGUUAAUGUCCCAGAGAUUCCCUGUGUUUCCAUGCUGCGCCACCUUUACCUGAAGUGGGUCCGUCUCACUAAACCACAACCGUUUAAGGACUUUCUGUGUGUGAGCCUCAGAACCUUUGUCAUGCGGAACUGUGCAGGGCCAACCAACUCCCUAAAAUACGUUCCCUUGGUUACUGGUUUAGCAUCAGCCCGGAACCUGGAGCAGCUAGAGCUGGUGAGAGUUCCCUUUCUGGGAGGGCUGAUCCAACAUGUCGUUGAGGAUAGCUGGAGAUCAGGAGGAUUUCGGAACCUCCACACCAUCGUGUUUGGAGCCUGUAAGAAUGCUCUGGAGGUGGACUUAGGCUACCUCAUUAUCACUGCCGCUCGCAGGCUUCAUGAGUUGCGUAUCCAGCCUUCACUGACUAAAGAUGGAGUCUUCUCAGCUCUCAAAAUGGCUGAACUAGAGUUUCCGCAGUUUGAGACACUUCAUCUUGGAUACGUGGAUGAGUUCCUUCUGCAGUGUAAGAUGAGUCAUUCUGAGCUUUUGAAGUAUGGUCUGGCUGAUGUCAUUGAAAACCCAGGCAUCAUUACUGAUAUUGGCAUAAAGGUAGUGAACGAGGUGUUCACUAAUAUUAAAUACUUGCUCAUCUACAACUGUCCUCACCUGCAUAAUCCUCACCACUGGAUCACAGAUCAGUCCAGAUGGAGCCGUCUCGUUGAUCUCACCCUUGUUCGCUGUCAUGCCAUCAAAUUGGAAUCCUUCUCCCAGUUUAUAGAGUUACUACCCAGUCUGGAGUUUAUCUGUCUAGACCAGAUGUUUAGAGAACCACCAAAGGGCUGUGCAAGGGUGGGCCUGAGUGCAGGAACUGGUAUUGGCGUGUCUUCGGCAUUGGUCAGCAACCAGAACUCCAACAAUGACAAUGAGAACAACAACCACCACAAUAAUGAGGCCAACUUGCCCCCUGCCCCUCCACCUGUCAACAACAACCAAAGGCAGCAGCAGAACCAGCUGCAGCAGCAUAAUGCACCAGUUGAAGUUAAUGGGAUGGAAGAUGAGGAAGAAGAAGAAGAGGAGGAGAUGAUCUUGGAGGAAGACAACAUGGAGGCUGAACCACAGAAAGAGGUGAAAGUAGCAGAAGGGGAAGUGAGAGUAGACGAUGCUGACGUAGCUCCAGGAAACAGUCGUCCAGCUGGAACACCGCAACCUCUUGAUGAAGAGCAAGCAGGUCCCAGUGGUUUAGUACAGCAGUGCAGACCAGCUAGUGCUGUUGUUCCCAAGCCCCAGCUGGUCAUCUCAGACUCGGACAGUGAGGAAGAGGAAGGUCUUGUUUCAAGGCUGAUGCCAGCUUCCUGUUUGCAGCAGCCAGCAUCCUUUACAGAAGGUAAAGGAAAGACCCCUCUGCGGCGAAGCAACAAUGUGGCUCUAUCAUUGUCAGUCUCAGUGGACAAGACAAAGGUUCAGGUGUCAGAGAGCAGCUGUGAGAAGAGCUGUCAGGUGACCAGUGAGCAGAUCAAGGCAGAUAUGAAGGCUGCUGCAGAUAACAGCAGGAGGACAAGCAGUAAGGGAAUCAUUACAGAGUCUCGGGAGACCACUCCAAGGGCUGACAGUUGGACAGAACAGAGCUCUGGGAGUACUGGUGAAGCAGCAAGGACUGAGCUGAGGCAAGUGACUGGAUCUGUUGUCAGAAAUGGAGCUGGAGCAGCCACAUCCAGGCAGGUGGAUGGAUGUGGGAGGGUGGUGGUGGGGAUGAGCCAUAGAACAAUUACAACCACUGGCAACCCCUCUGGAACACUGACUGAGGACACAAGGGAGUCUGGGAUGCAGCUGAGCUCUAGUCCUUCCAGUGUGGCCAGUUUAGAGCCUAGAGGUGCUGCUGUACACCAUGCUUCUAGGAGACCAGCACUGCUGGUUGGACAGGGAGAAAGACAACAUGUCCCUGUUACUGGUUCAGGUUCACAACAUGCUCCCGCCAAUGACGAGGACUUUGUUCCUAGACGACCUUUGACCCGUUCUUGCACACGUAUGUCCUCCGUGUCCCUGGUACCUGAGACAGAUCUUUCAAGAGCCAGGCCUCGAAUUGCAGUGAGGAGGAAACGAAUGGCUGACAAAUCAACCAGCACCUCAGACCCAGUCACUGAGGAUGACCAUGUACAGAUUUUAUCUCUGAGGAGUAAGAACCUGGUGGGCAUCACCCUAACCAACUGUGGAAUCACGGAACUGGUCCUCAAGGACUGCCCCAAGAUGAUGUUCAUUCAUGGAAUGGAUGGUGAUCCUACUCUCACGCGGUGGCUUCAGCACAGCCUGAUGAUCCUUGGAGAAGGUGCAAUCACCCCUGGGAAGGUGUACCACGAAUACCUUGAUACCCCUUGCCAACAGGAGCACUGGACUGUAGCCAGCAAGGAUAAGCAUGGUGCUGAGCGCCCGACUCCCCCUUGGGACCUCCUGCUGUCGGAAUGGAUGGGCUGGGGUGUACGGUUUACCUAUGUCCUGGAUGUAGAUGGGCCCGAUCUGUUAGCAGCACAGUACGCAAGUACUAGUGUCUUGAAGCAGAUGCGGGAAGCCACUGGUAACCAGUGGAGGGAGCGUGAAGGGAGGAAAUAA